AUGACCAAGCGUGUCCACCGCGAAGGUGGCGAUUACCGACCCAAAAAGCGAUCCAAGAAUGAAAGAAAUGGAGAAGAAUCGAAGAUCUCGUCUGCUGAAGCUAUUGGAAAUGAACUUGGUCCUAUACCAGAUGCUACUUACGUCCAGUCACCAGCCCUAGGUGAUCUUUCUCAGAUUGAGAUAGACCAGUUUCUCGCGAAGCAUUGCAUUAAAGUGACCGAUUCUUCGGAAGCACAGGCGCUUCGCCCCAUAAUUUCGUUUUCCCACCUCCCCAGCAGCUUCAGCAAGAUUUAUGACCCAUUGAGCUCUUUCUCAUCGCCGACACCUAUUCAAUCUGCCACAUGGCCCCUACUCUUCGCUGGUCGGGAUGUCAUAGGCAUUGCAGAGACCGGAAGCGGGAAGACAUUGGCUUUCGGCUUGCCAUGUAUUAAGAAAAUUCUGGAUUCAGGAAAGGUCAAGCGAAAACAUGCACGACCUGCAGCGGUCAUCAUUUCUCCAACCAGGGAGCUUGCAAUGCAAAUAUAUGAUCAACUCUCGAAGUUUGGGGCCUCUGUGGACAUCAGAGUAACAUGCAUCUAUGGGGGUGUGAAGAAAGACGAACAACGCGAGGCCCUGAAGACUGCAGCUAUCGUUGUUGCCACCCCUGGUAGACUAAAAGAUCUUCAAAACGAUGGCUCCGUGGAUCUUGGAAAGGUCAAAUACCUAGUCUUGGACGAGGCGGAUCGCAUGCUAGACAAGGGAUUUGAACAGGAUAUAAAAGACAUCAUCCGAUCCAUGCCAAAUUCAAAACGCCAAACCGUUAUGUUCACUGCAACUUGGCCUCCGAGCGUCAGAGACCUGGCGGCUACUUUCAUGACUUCAGCUGUGACUGUCACCAUUGGUGGUGAUCCUUCCGCCGAUCCGCGUGCUAAUACCAGGAUUAAACAGGUGGUUGAGGUUGUGAAGCCUCAGGAGAAGGAGGCUAGACUUGUGCAGUUGCUCAGUCACUCUCAGCGAGGCGCAGCAGUUUCCGAUAAGGUUCUUGUCUUUUGCUUGUACAAGAAAGAAGCAGUUCGUGUCGAGAGACUUUUACGAACCAAGAACUUCAAAGUCGCAGGGAUACAUGGAGACUUGAACCAGCACGAAAGAUUCAAAAGUCUGGAGGCAUUCAAAACCGGGGCGGCUACUGUACUUGUUGCCACCGACGUGGCAGCUCGUGGCCUUGACAUACCGUUAGUCAAAUUGGUUAUCAAUGUCACUUUUCCUCUAACGGUCGAGGAUUAUGUACAUCGAAUUGGGAGAACGGGGCGCGCUGGAGCCGAUGGCCAUGCAAUUACUCUCUUCACAGAAACGGAUAAAGCUCAGUCUGGCGCGUUGAUAAACGUUCUGAGAGCAGCUAAACAAGAAGUACCGGACGCUUUGCUAAAGUUCGGAACAACCGUGAAGAAGAAGCAGCAUGGUGCGUACGGUGCAUUCUUCAAGGAUGUGGAUACCAGCAAACCAGCGACAAAGAUCGUUUUCGACGAGUGA